UGGGAAAAAAUAUUAAUGUAACGAUAGAAAAUAAUUAGUUACUAUUUCAUUUAGAAGAGCGCAAGCAAAAUCCAGAGUUCGUAAAAAUAGCCAGACUACAUAAUGCAGAGCGUCAAACUUGUCGUGGUCGGAGACGGUGGUGUUGGCAAAAGCUGCUUGCUAAUCGCGUACACGACCAACAGUUUUCCAGGCGAAUAUGUCCCAACAGUUUUCGACAACUACAGCGCCAACGUUAUGUUCUCUGGCAAGGCUGUAAACUUGGGAUUAUGGGACACGGCAGGACAAGAGGAUUAUGACCGGCUUCGCCCCCUCUCAUACUAUGGCUCAGAUAUCUUUCUUGUGUGUUACUCUGUGGCAAGCAGGGCCUCAUUUUCAAACAUAUCAGAAAAAUGGAUCCCCGAAAUACGACAUUUCUGCCCAAAUGUACCAAUACUCCUUGUGGCUUGUAAGACAGACUUGCGUCGUGGAUCGAGUGAUAAGCUAGUGAACCUUGUAACCUAUAAAGAAGGGCAGGAACUGUCAAAAACCAUCAAAGCUUUGUUUGUUGAGACUAGUGCCCUAACGCAGGAUGGGUUGAAAAAUUGCUUUCAGAAUGCUGUUGAGCUUGCUCUCAAUCAAAAGGAACACACUAAAAAAACAAAGUCGUUAUUUUCACGUAAAAGUAAAGAAGAGCCCAUUCUACUGCCACCAGUUAUGCCCCCUGCUGGCAAAGCUCCUUGGAUGGAAAUAGAAACAUCAGAAUUUGCAGGUGACUGGUUAAAAGCAUUGCAGGAUCCCAAAUUUCACGAUGUCACAUUUCUUGUCGAAGGUGUUAGACGUCUUCAUGCUCACAGAAUCAUUCUGUCUUCAGCCUCCAAGUUUUUUGGUCAAGUUUUGGCCAGUACCAUGCCUUGUACGAGUUCACAGUUACAAGAGUUAAAUCAGAUUGACAGUUUUCAAAGAGAGGAUUUGAAUGCUGGUAAAGUUGAAGGAAUUAGUUCAGUUUAUGAUACUGGUUCAAAUUUUGGUCCCGACACAACUAUAGAAAUUAGUGCAGACAUCAAAGCUAAGACUUUUGUAAGAGUUCUCGAGUUUUUGUAUACAGGUACUCCAAAUUUACCUGAAGAUUCUGGUGAAGAUGAAAUUCAAGAACUGCGGAGGGUAUCUUUAAUUUUCAAACUCCCUUAUUUGACAACAAUUUGUGAUAAUAUUGUUAAGGAAGAGGAAUUCUUGAAUCCUAGCAUUGGAACAUAUCUCAGUGAUGAAACUGGUGCAAAAAUGAAAGAGCUUUUCUUUAAUCAAGAGGCAUAUGCAGAUGUUGUCUUUCGUGUUGAAGGUAGAAAAAUAUUUGCCCACAAAGUUGUGUUGUGUACCAGAAGUCAAGUGAUGGCGGCCAUGUUUUCUGGAAAGUUUAUUGAAGCUCAAUCAAACAAUGAUAGACUUUCACAGAUCAAUAUCCCCAACACAUCAGCAGAAAAUUUCCUGGCAUUAUUAGAGUACCUCUACACAGACCACGCCCCGCUGGAAGAAAGCGAAGACCUAGUUGGGAUUUUAGCACUGGCAGAUGAAAACUGCCUGCCCAGACUUGCGAACUUGUGUGAACUUUAUUUGAGUAAAGAGGUGGACAAGGCAUGUCAGGCCAAAAUACAGAGAGCUGAGAUUGAUGUUAUAGGCUUAUUAAAUACAGCUCAUCUGUUCAAUGCAAAACAACUUGCCAUGUUUUGUCUACAUUUCAUCUCCACAAAUUACGUGGCAUUUUCUAACAGAAAGGAAUUUUCAAGCCUGUCAUCAGAUGACCGAGUGUACGUUGAUGAUCAUCGAUGGCCACCUUUAGACUACUUGAAAGAGGUGCAGGAAUAUGAAAACGCCAUGAACAAAAAGGGAGAGAAAUGUGUCUUAAUGUAAAAGAGAGAUAACUGAUAAUUUUGUAACAUUGUGCUAAAAACAUGACAAUUCCUUUUUGUGCAACUGUGACUAACUCUUCAAUAACCUUAUCAAUGCUCAAACAAUUCAUAGUAAUGUAUUAUUAUUGUAUUGUUUGAAAACACUAAACCAUGCAUAUUUCCAUGGCACUUAUUCAAAACCUUUAAAGAAGAAAUGGCAAGUUCCAAAUGAGUGGACAGAAAGAAUGGUCACUAGUAAGAAAGGCACCUCCCUCCUCUUCAGCAACUAACACAGCCCAAGAACGAAGAAAACACACAAUCAGAACACGGAACAGAAGCCACCUGUUUAGUGUGCGAAACCAAGUUCAAAAGCAGCCAACUAAUCAGACAUCAUGUAAAAAUACAGACGGACAUCGCAAUCUACGAGUGCGGGUACUGUGAAUUUAGCGACCAACUAUACAAUGAUCUGUUUUAACACUCAGAAAUACAUGAAAAGCUCGCCUGCAGAUGGAUCUAUUUAACUGUGGAUUCAGAUAUUUCUCUAAAAAUCAACCAUGAAAAUAAUAACUCUGGUACUUGACAAAGGAAUAGGCCAACUACAAAGCAUAAUGAGAGAAAUAUAAAACUGCUAAACCCAACUGAAGCAACUGUGUAUCCUCUUGUAUUUGUAUUGUUAUUUUGUUUUUAAUUACAAACAAGACUCUUUAUAUAAAUAUAAAAACAUACGUUUAUAAAAUGAAACAAAAUUACAUUAACACUUUAUUUCUUUGUGCUUUUGAAUGCAUUGGUACAAAAGUUUUUUUAAAAGAUAAAAAGAAUUGAGCUCUAUAUAAAAAAAGAAAGAAAACAUUUAGCUUUUUAAAAUAAAAUGAGCAAAUUAAUAUCAGAAAUGAGAAAAGAAAAUUUAACAGAGAAAGAAAAAAUGCUCAUCUUCUUUUGUUACUUGUAAGAUGAGAUUCAUUGCCCUGAAAAUUUCAGUAAAUUAAUGUAGCAAUAUUUUCUUAACAUUAUGCACAUACAUUUUUCAUUGCAAUUUUUGUUUUGUGAAUCAGUAAAAAUUGUUUUAAUUA